AUGGGCAAUGGUUCAAUUGUGACAAACUCCAGCCUUGAAUUUAGUGACAACGGCACAAUCCCAACUAAAUCUACAAUAGAAUCCAUCCUCGUUAAUUCAACUACCAACUCAAGCUUGAAGAUUGUUCCAGAUUCUAUAAGUGUCAGCCAGGUUCUUGCAAACACAACUACAGCAAACACAACUUCACCCACCACAACUACAGCAAACACAACUUCAUCCACCACAGCUUCAGCAAACACAACUACAGCUAACACAACUUCACCCACCACAACUACAGCAACCACAACUUCAUCCACCAUAACUUCAGCAAACACAACUUCAUCCACCACAACUUCAGCAAACACAACUACAGCAAACACAACUACACCUACCACACCUACAGCAAACACAACUUCUUCCACCACAACUUCAGCAAACACAACUUCACCUACCACAACUUCAGCAAACACAACUUCAACCACCAGUGCAACUACAACCAUCUCUACAACAAUCAUACCUACAACACCACAAAAUGCAACUGCUAUUUUCAACUUGACCUUCAGCAUAAAUGAAACCUUUGAUCCGGCACUGGCCAAUACCAGCUCCUCACAGUUUGCAAAAAAAUCUACAUAUAUCCGUAAUCAGGUUGAACCAUUGUACAAGAAAGAAUUUAAAAACUUCAUUCUCAUGCAAAUUAUAAAGUUUAGGAAUGGUUCUACUAUUACAGAAAGUAACCUUUAUAUGGAUUCUAGUGCCCCAAAUGUUACUCUAACCCAAGUGAAAGACAUCUUUCUCAGUGGACUCACAAACUUCAACUUUUCGGUUAUUCCAGACUCCAUCACAGUCAAUCAGAUUGGUAAUUCAGUUCCACCCGUGAUUGCCAGCUCAGUCUCCAUGAUGUGGAUGUCUCUUCUAACACUUCUCUUUUCAUUGGCCUUGCACGUCUAGCUCUAGAACCUAGCAGAAAAUAUACACAAAUUACCUAUAUGUAUUCAUAUAUUUAAUAAUUCAUAAGAUAGAGGGAAUACAAGGAAAUAUUUAAUUCAUGUAAACAAAAAUAUCUUUACAUACUGAUAUUCUGAAUUGUUGAAAUGGGAGACUAAAUGAGAGUUUUGAUUAGCCUGAAUAAUUCUCCACAUUCCAACAGUCCCACAAUGAUUCCUUUCACUUAUAUUUACUAUAUAUUAUAUACUAUAUAUUUCCUUUCAUUUAUAUUUAUUAUAUUCACUUAUCUACUUUAACUUUUUUGUAAUAAUUGUGUAGUUAAAAGUAUAAUUAAUAUUGUACUAUACUGUGCAUUAUAUUUUCUUAAGACUGGAAAGAAGAUAAAUUGACAUAUUGCUAAUGAUUUAUUUAUGAAUAUAAACAAUGUUUUAAAAGAACAUAUCAGAUAA